AUGCUUGGAAUAGAAGGCUCUGACUUAUCUGCCCCGCCGUCUCGGAAGCGGCAGAGAUCGUCUAUUGCCUGCCAGGCCUGUCAUAAUCGACGGGUCAAAUGUAAUGCGGCGCAGAAGGGACUCCCAUGUACUAAUUGCGAGAAAGCCAGUAAGGACUGUCGCUUAAUCGUUUCCAAGAGGAAUCAGAAGAGGCAGUCUCUGCCUAGCCCAUCUCCUUUGGAAGCUCCCAACGACGGUGGGAAUAGCGAUUCUCGCGAUUCGGUCAGCAAUUAUCCAGUCGUCGAGGAACUCGUCACCGGGAGUCAGGAUGCAGAAAAAAGCCAGCCGUCAACUGAAGGAAUAGAAACUCUGUACGCCAGGAUGCUCGAAGAUUCUGCGCCAGCUGGAUCUCACCGAAACCUCGUGCGGCCCAGAGGACAUGUGAUGUAUCUCGGGGAAACGUUCAAUUUGACGUACCUCCUGCAACAAAUCAAGCCCGAGUGUCGUGCCAGUUUGCGAAAGCUGCAUUUCCCGUUGCCCCUCGAUCUGAAAAGGAGACCAAUUGGACCACCCAAAGACGACGACGGGGCGAUCAUAUACGCGCUCCGGUCCCAAGGUGCCUUCGUGCUGCCGUCGACGACUGUAUGCCGGCAACUGUUCCGCGACUACUUCCAUUACGUGCAUCCUCACUAUCCCAUUCUGGACCGAGCAGACUUCGCCUGGCGAUUCGCAGAUCCAAUGAACCCCUCAUCUUAUCUGUUGCUCCAAUCGGUGCUUCUGAUGGCGGUGGGGCACUGUGACCGUGACACCCUGCAGGAAGCUGGCUUUCAGUCCAGAUAUGAGGCGAGGUUGACACUCUAUAGACGCGCAAAGGCAUUGUAUGAUGCUGAUCACGAAUUAGACAAGGUCACCAUUGUACAAUCAAUCUUUCUGAUCAGCUUCUGGUGGAAUAGUCCCACUGAUCAAAAAGACACUUGGCAUUGGUUGGGAAUUGCCAUCUCUCUGGCCAUCACAUUAGGGAUGCACCGUUCCACGAAGCAUUCGGAUAUGAGCAUCCGAGAUCAGCGGCUGUGGAAAAGGAUCUGGUGGUCAUUAUUCACCGAGGAUAAACAUGCGGCGGCGGCGCUGGGGAGACCGGUCCAUAUCCAUCUAAAGGAUUGCGAUGUGGAGCCGCUGGAAGAAUCGGACUUUGAAGAAGAAAGUGAUUGCCCUGACUCUGAGAUAUGUGGCUCGCCGCGCCCUAUUGAGAUUUCCUACAUGCUACAUCUCACGAAACUUUCCAAAAUUGGCGAGCAAAUCAUUCAAACCCCCUUCCACGCCUCUAGCCGGACAGAUACUGAAGCCGUGGGUACUUUUCAGGCUUGCGAUGGUUUGUUACAGGACUGGGAAAUUACUCUUCCAGAGGAGCUUCAGCUGGCGAGACGUGAUGGAUGUUUAUGGCCCAACAUGCUAUAUAUUGCUUACAACUGGUUCAAGGUACUUAUGUAUCGAACCCGGACGGCAGAAAAUAGCAGCUCUAAGGACGCGCAAAUGUCAUCUCACCACCUGGCAAUGCGUGCCGCUGAUCAAAUAAUCCGUCUAACGGAAGAAGUGCUGUCCAGCGGACAAAUCCAUCACUGCCCGGUCCACAUCGUACCUGGGCUUUUCGCUGCGAUGGGGAUGCAUGCUGUGGAUAUAAGCUCUGGGGAUACUGUCCGUGAGCAACUAGGAUAUGUCAAAAUUGAGUUGUCUAUGAUAGCGCUUCGAGAAUUGCAGGACACCUGGCCUGUGAGUGGGUGGAUCUUUCUGCUCUUCUCCAAGAUACUGCGGCGGAUACGCGAGCGCGAAAACAAAUUGGAUCACAACACAUCGAGACCCGGACCUCAGGCCAACCCUAAAAGAUCCGAUUCGAAUUUGCAUACGCGAACACCACGAGUGAACAAUAUAUUCUCUAGCGGUGGUGAGAUGUUGCAAACAGCUGCCUGCUCGACAACGUUGUCUGAGCCAAACGCAAACGGCCUGAGCUCAAGGGUGUCCUCCUGGGACACAGAGACCAUGUCAAUCCCUGUCAACUAUCCCACUGACUGGGAUGAAUUGAUUGGUGACGAGAUGUGGACCGAGCAUGAUUUCGACAUCAUGUUUGAAUCCGUGCCGGCCAAUCGAACCAGCUUGUAA